UCCUCCCGGUUACCUCGUUCCGCGAUGCUGGCGCUGCGCUGCGGCCCCCGCCUGCUGACCCUGGGCCUGGCCCCGCAGCGGACCUCCGCGGCCCCGACGCUCGCCCGGCUCCGCGGCGCUCGCAGCAGCGCCAGCAGCUCCGACUCCGGGGCCGGAGGCCCCGCCAAGAACCCGCUCGUCUACCUGGACGUGGGCGCCGAGGAGCAGCCGCUCGGCCGGGUGGUGCUGGAGCUCAAAGCAGAUGUGGUGCCAAAGACUGCAGAGAAUUUCAGAGCCCUCUGCACGGGUGAGAAGGGCUUCGGGUACAAAGGAUCAACCUUCCAUAGAGUUAUUCCUUCAUUCAUGUGUCAGGCUGGUGACUUCACCAAUCACAAUGGCACAGGUGGGAAAUCCAUCUACGGAAGCCGGUUUCCAGAUGAGAACUUUGUCAUGAAGCACGUUGGGCCUGGUGUCCUGUCCAUGGCAAAUGCAGGUCCCAAUACCAAUGGAUCCCAAUUCUUCAUCUGCACAGCAAAGACAGACUGGCUGGAUGGGAAGCACGUCGUGUUCGGCCAUGUCAAGGAAGGGAUGGACGUGGUGAAGAAGAUAGAAUCCUAUGGUUCCAGGAGUGGGAAGACGUCUAAGAAGAUCAUUAUCACAGACUGUGGCCAGCUGAGCUAGCCCCAGCCUCGGAUGACUUUUGGUUACUCGAGCAUGUUUGUUCUCUUCCCCCACCCCUCCCCCCUUCCUGCUUUCUCCCUACAAAAGACUGCACGCUUUAGGGGAUUCCUAGUUGAAUGUAUUGUGUCCGGGGAUAACUGAAUUUGUGGCAGCAUCUGAUUUUUUUUUCUUACAUCACCAUUUCGUUCCUGUUUGUGCAAAGAUCUGUUUUGAGCCUCUGUCUCUUGGUCUCUUUCCCAUCCAACUCACCAGGGCUUCCUCUUAGAUUCUGAGCCCAACACGAUGCUCACUUCCUCCUAAGAGCCUUCAGGGCCUCUCUCUUGCUUCUGGCCAGGCAGAGUUGAGUACAUCCAGCCUUGUUUUGGUAUGGCUAGCCACUGUUAGGGAAGUGGGCUGGGCUACAUGGAAUCUCGGGGUGCUCGUCUGUCAUAACUGGCACAAAGAGAGGGUAUUUAUCUGACCCAACGAGAUUAUGGGUCAGAAUUCAGUAGUAUUAUUGGCAAAAGGUGGUAAUCAUUUUCCCCCCCUCAAAAUUGGAAGAUCCAAUUAAUUUGUUGCACUAAAUAGAAAUGCUUUCUCUUUUCAAGGGGAGAGAGGGUGGUAUGAUCCAAAAAGCACUGAUCUGGGAAUCUGUGAAAGCUGGGUUUUGUCUUAGUGUGUGACCUUGAGGAUGUCACUUCCUCUCUGGGCCGCAGUUUUUUUAUGUGCCACACACACACAUGACCUCUUAAUUUCCCUUCCUCUUCUCUGACAUCCUCUAAUUUUUUAUGGUAUUGUAUUGAGGUCCACCAACAGUACAGCUGGCAGGGGUCAUCUUUUUUCUUGAUAUUUAAACCUCUUCUCCCUGCCAGGCCAUGUGUGUCUCUUUGUAGAUUGAUCCUGGCCUGGGUUCUAGUGUAUCUGUCUGUAUAUCUCUGCAGUGUCUCUCCUUGACAUGAGGGUCCAUCUGCAAUAUUACUCUCGGACGUCACUUACAUGGCUGACCGAUGUCCUGACCUGACGAGGAAGAGACUUGUUUCUUACCGUACCCCAGCGAUCUCUGUAGCCUCUCGUUUCAACACUGACGCGGGUUUGAGGCCUCUUCCUGUUUCAAGAGCCCUUUGGUCUCCUGUGGCCUGACUGUGAUUCGUAGGGGCCACGGAGCCUUCACUGAGCCGUGGCCUCAAGCCAGGUUCCCUUGGAUGUAGGAAACUGUGAAGUCACAAAGCGCUUCUACUAUUCUUGAGACUUGCUCCAAACAGUAGAAGUGGGUUACUGUAAACAAGUUUAAAGAAUUAAGCUGUGAGCAGUAGUUGUCCACUGUGAAUUUAUAUGUCUGUGUGGAAAGUUACCAAUAACUGAAAACACACCUGAUGAAAGGUUUACUGGUGGGGACUGGUGCUCCAUUGAUGCUAGAGGACACAAUGGACCUCUGUGGAUAGGUAAAUAACUUAGUUUCUAUUAGAUAAAAAAAUGUGCUGAUCAUUUGAAGCCAAAUUAGUUUAUAAAAUCUUUGUGGUUUUUUUAAAAAUAUUUGAUUGAUUUUAAAUGCAAAAAUAAAUCCUAUUUUAUUACAAAAGAAA